AUGGUAGCUUCUCAAAGGAAAUACAUAUGCUCGUUUUGCGCGAGCGCAUUCUCUAGAUCUGAACACAAGGCCAGACAUGAACGGUCUCAUACCGGCUCGAAGCCGUUUUCUUGCUCGAUAUGUUCCCAUUCUUUUGUAAGAAGAGAUCUUUUGCAACGACACAUUCGCACAGUGCACAAGUCUACGCUUACUAUAAUGCAAAAAAGCAGUAGCAAGAAUAUAGAAGAGGUGAUGAACUCAUUGAUCAGAGUGUCUUCGUCAACACAGGCAGCAACUGCGGCACAAACUACUAAGGUGCUGCCGAAUAAGCCAAUAACGGCGCCGGUUCCUGCAGCGACGGUUUCGACGACAGUUUCGACGCCAGUAUCAGCUUCAAUGUCAGUACCUGUGCCAGCAACUGAAGUAUAUUCGUCAAAGGAAAGUUCUGUCACGGACGCAGGCGGCUCGGUCGAUGAUAAUAAAAUUCAUACCGCACAUGGCAGUAUCAAAUCGCUACCGAUGACUCCUUCAGACGAUGAUGACGCUGGGGAAGUCGGAGAAGCUUCUUGUGAAAAAAAUGUCUCUUCAAGCAAUGGCAUCUCGUUGGAUUCUGACAUUUUAAAGACGGUGUUUUCGGGUAGAUUUGGGAACAUAUUGGAUAAUCCGGAGAUUAUGCUAAAUAUGUCACUUUCCUAUCUCCACUCGAAAUCUUUAUUCACCAACUCGUUAGCCAAUGAGUGGAAAGAGGCUACCCGUGACGAAAGUACCUUCGACCAUUGGUGCAAGAACUCGCCACUGCCACUCGCAUUGCUCUCCGUUAAUUUAUUGGAUCUCAAUACGACAGAUAGCACAGGAGGCCAUGACAAGAAGCAAGGAUUGAUAGAAAUUUGGCAGUCGUGCUGGCAAAAGUGCAUGAAAAACCCAUACGAUAAAAGUUUUUUACCACUCUCAAUCCUAAUAUAUGUGCAUGUUCACUCCAAGGAAAAUUUGUCCCAUUCGGUACUUACCACAUCCAUCAUGUAUCAGCAAAUCCUUUUUGCCAUGAUCAAAUCAGAAACUAAUCCAUUAACCCAGCAAGUUGAGGAGAUUUGGGCUAUUUUCGAUAUCUUUGUGAGCCUGUUGCUCAAGUGUGAAGAAUUUACAGAGGUCUCAACUCUGAUAUUUCAUUGGUUCCUUGGCCAAAAUCUAUAUCAGAACUUUACGUUGGCAGAACUUUUGGACAGGAUAUUGGGUGACGCAACAGACGAUGGCAGUCUCCCAACUUAUGCCUUACUUGUAGUUAACCAAGCGCUCUUCUGUGAGACAAUAAUGUUCAAGUGUUUUGCAACGCAUUACAAGUCAAAAGAUACCUUGCAUAAUGCUGUGAUUUUAGCCAACAGGUUGGCUUCUCAACGUUUGCGGAAAAUAAGGCAGGUUGACCAUCAAUCUCAUACUUUCGACACAUGGAAAAUUCAAGUUUUCAUAUUGCAUGCGCCUCCAAAAUUCGUUGAUAUGAUCAACUCAUAUUGUGUAAACCCUUCUCUACCUCAAUACUGGCACUUGCUAAUUGCAACGUGGUUCGAAUUCAUUCAAGAUGUUGUCCCAAUUUCCAGUGAUGCAGAGCAUUACAAUUGGUCAAAAUUCCACUUGAAUAAUAGAUGGUAUCAGUGUAAGGUGAAGGACAGUAACAAUAGCACUAACAAUGACAGUAGCACUAGUACUAGCCAUCACAUCUUGGAAGAUUUGAGAUCUUCUCCUUUAAUUUACAAGAACAUCAAUAACAACUUGGCAAUCUGUUCUCUUCCAAUUAUUUCCAGUCUACAGCAUAAUUGGAGCAUUGGUGAUCCAGUUGUCAAAAAAUUGGUCUCUGAUACGCUAUUGUUUCAAUUGAAGAUAUUUGCUACCACAUUACUAUUGAAUGAUGAUGCUUCAGAGGAAGCAAUUACAGAAUCAAUGAAGGUCUUCAGCAAUCCGAUUAUCCAUCUCCUUUUGUUUGUGUGGUACUCAUCCAUUUAUCAUAGGGCUGAUGGCAUGCCUAAAUUGUUGUAUAGACGUGGAGUUGAAAGUGACUUCGAUAAUUACACGAUGGAAAAUCAUGCCGUUUCUCAGUUCAUCAAGAAAUAUAUUGCUCUAUCCAGAAAAUGUGUCGAUACAGAUGCUCUAAUUGAGAACGAUUUCAAGAAGUUGUUAUUUAGGGAAAAAGUGGAGAAUGCAGAAGAAUUCACUUAUUUCAAAGGUUAUCACUUCUUGUUGAGUAGAAUUAUACUGUCCAUCAUUAGACAUCUUCAAGAAAUUAGUAAUCCUUCAGAUCCUGAUUUCAAUUUCACUAUGAAGCUUAUCUCGGAACUCUACGCUACCAUAUCAAAAAUUCAAGAAAAAGUUAAUGUACACCCAAGUAAUAAUGAUGGUCAAAGUACAUUGAUAAGGCCUGUGUCACCAAUUUCUACUUCAUCGCCUUCCUCCCUAACUAAUACCCCAAGGGAAGAUGUAAGGAGAGCAAAUAGCGUAUCUAUUGGGGUAAUACAUUCUAUGGAGGACUAUCAACUAAGAGACAGAUUUAAUAGCCAAUCAAUGGGCACAGGUGUUCAAUUACCGCCAUUGAACUUGAACCCCUCUCAAAACCAUCACAAUCAUCAUAAUCAUCAUAAUCAUCAUAAUAGGCAGCAACAGCAGCCUCAGCGCUUCGAGGAAUUUGCACCCAACAAUAAUAUCAUUAAUAAUAAAUUCUCUUUUGAUUCUGCUGUACACAAUAAUAAGAGAAAUGACCACAUUGUGCUACCCCCACCCAUGGUUCAAAAUACAUUCAUGAAUCGUGAACGUGAGCGGUUCACUUUGCCGCCACCAUCGGCAUUUUUCAAAAUGAAGUAA